GCUUAUACCCCUUAUACCCAUUGUAAAAAAUAUAACACACCCAAAAAAAGGAUUCUGUUUUCAAAUUAGUAAAGGUAAUCACAUGAAUGCGAGUGCAGUUAAGGAUUUAAACGAUGAAUGGUACUUGAAAUUCUCUCAAAAUUGCAAUUUGAAAAAAAAAAANAGAUAGAUAGAUAGAUAGAUAGAUAGAUAGAUAGAUAGAUAGAUAGAUCACAAGUACUGCAUAUCCUUAAUUGCUCGGGCAUUUAUACGAUUACUCAUUAAUUUUAUAAUUAAAAAUUGACGAUAACUUUGCAAGCUCUCAGCCAAUCAGAAUGAUGAAUUUUGUCAGUUCUAUAUACAUUCUGGUAUUUGCUCCAUUUACAACGUCAAUGGGAACUUCUUUCUAUAAAAUUUUAAUUGCUCAUAUUACUCAUAAAUUUAUACUGUUUGUUUCUAGCCCCAACUAUAGGAAACAGAACUUUGAAACACGUUCGCUCCAGAAGAUGCUUACAGGGCUCAACAUUAAUGUCAUUUUUGUUUUUGUUUUUAGCAACAAUUCGCAUAGAAAGCGUCCGUGAUAAAUGGCUCUAAUAAAACUGGGUUUCUAGUCAGAAAAUGAAGACAUUUUCCGUGUUUCUUGUUCCAGCAACACUCAUCAGCCUCGCUUUGGAGAACUAGGAAAAGCUGUGGUGAUACUCGAAUAACGCAGACGUGCUAGAAAGCUCUCGCUGGUGUAGAAUUUCUUCUUCCCCACUCGCUUCAAAGUACCACAAAAAAGAUCUUUCGUUUUAAUUAUUACUGAAAGCCCUCAGUUAAAGUUGCGAAUAUAUUUUCCAGCACAAUUCUUAAAAAAUUCAAUGACCAUCCGCAAAGUCAUUUCACCGAAUAACCGCGAGCAACGGUAGCUACUAAACGCUAUUUGCACUGGUCAUCGUUUAUUCCGGCAGUUUAGUUCAAGACUACACUGUCCCGAGACCUCACUGGGCUUUCGAAACCUCAAGCGUAGAAAAGGUCGGGACAAUUGACCUUUUCCUGUUUGAUUGCUUAGUUGUUAACGAUUGUCGAUUUUAUGUGCAUGUCUGCCCGAGCAGCUGUUAAAAGCGAUAUUUUUAUUUAUUAUUUAGUUAUUUUCACUUCCGAAGCUUUUACUUACAUGGGCAGCAAAAUACAUAGUACAAUAUCUACCAGCAGAUCGGGAAGCAUGUAUUUCACUCUCUCAGUCAUAAGCUGCAAAUUUGCCGAAAAAUAUACAAUAUUGAUCGAAGGAUUUUGAAAAAAAAAACUUAUCGUAUUUAAUUUCAAACUCGACCAAAAAAAUAAAUAAAAAGGAAAGUUAACGUCGUUAUUAGUCCCCUGUAUAUUUUAAUUUUGAGAGCACAGUAUUAAAUAUGUAAUUAAACGACACUAGCUCGCGCGAAACUCAGACAUGCAGACGACAGUUAACAGAUCUGAAAUGAAUAGUUUAAGGACUAUCGUACCUUUUCAAGCACACUAAAAACCUCAUCAACGCAUAUUUACGUGCCAAACAAAUACAAGAGACACUCACGAUGAUGUUUUAAACGUACUUUGCAUGAAGAGCAAGGAAAUUGUCAAUCCCCAGCAGGCAGGGGUUUGUUAAAACCUAUCCAAAUUUAUUCAAAGGCGAGAAUACAAAUCAACGUUGUGUAAAAUGGAUUCACGGUUUGUUAUAACGUAAUUAUGGCGAACUCAACAGCUUUUUGGAGCGUCGCCUCGCAAAACUACACAGCGACCAGAUAUUCCAUCUGCCAAACUCUGCAACCGUUCUUGGAUAUGGAAGCCAGGGAAAAUUUACCAAAAUUCUACGUAAUAUCGUCAAUAUGGGCUUGCGUUUUUGGCUCCAUCGUGUGCUUAAUAACAUUGCUUUUCAAUACGGUGGUGAUCAUCGCAAUUUGGAGGACACCGGCUCUUCACAAACCGAGAAAUGUUUUACUUUGCUCGUUGGCAGUUUCUGACUUUUUCGUUGGGCUGACAUCGGAACCUUCGUUCCUGGUAGCAGAAAUUUCACUUCUUCUUGGAAAUAUGGACAUUUACUGCUUGGCAGUGUUCAUUCAUUUCUACACGGCCUGGAUGUUUAAUGGGAUUUCAUUCCUGACGCUUUCAGCCAUUAGUUUUGAGCGAUAUCUCGCUCUUCGUUUGCACCUUCGAUAUGCCGAGUUGAUAACCACCACCCGCGUUUUGAUCACGGCGCUUAUUUACUGGGCCAUAUGGGUGACAUGGAUAACACUACUGUGGUUUUGGGCAAAAGACAAAGUUGUCUCGCUCAUACUUAUUGCUUUUUGCUGUCUUAUAUCAACAGCCGUCGCCUGGUGCUAUGUUGCCAUUUACAAAACUGUUAAAAGGCACAGCAAACAAAUUCAGAGCUCGCAGCAACAAACUCAUCAAUUUCUGAGCCGAUAUCGACGCACGACUAAUACAAUGAUCAUUCUCAUUAGCGCAUUUGUUCUAAGUUACUUCCCCUUCAUCAUCACCUCAGCAAUAAGCGCUUCGCAAGAGAAGGAAGACAUGAGAACAUCGGCAGCUCAUUCCCUGGCAGUUCUGUUCGUUUUUGGAAACUCUGCAGCCAAUCCUUUGAUUUACUUUUGGCGCGUGACUGACUUUCGAGAAGCCGCCAAGCAAACCGUCAGGAAUCUCUUCCAUCUGAAGAUAGCUGUAGAGACCGAGGUCACGGUAGAGCUAGAAAUAAAAUAA